CUCUCUCUCUCUCUCUCUCUCUCUCUCUCUCUCUGAUUUCAGAAAGAGAAGUUGUCCCUCCCCUUCUUCUUCUUCCCUGUUCAGUUAACCCAAAACGAGGAAUCCAAAAAGAGGUACAAAACCCAUUAACCAGAAGCAGAGGCAGAGUGAGAGAUUAGUGACUAGUCCAUUGGUUUUUUACCCUUUCCCCAACCAAACCCCAUUAACCCCUUUUCCCCACGUAUUAUGACCUAUAAAGAGGGUGUCCUGCUCUGGAUCAUAGUUCGCUUCUAAGCCUUCUCUUCUCUUCUCUUCUGUUGUGUUGGAGGAAGGAAAGAAAGAAAGAAACAAAGAGUGGUAGUCAUGGCUGGUAGUAAUGAAGUCAACCUCAAUGAAUCCAAGAGAGUUGUUCCACUCAAUACAUGGGUGCUCAUCUCCAAUUUCAAACUGGCCUACAAUCUCCUCCGCCGCUCCGACGGAACAUUCAACCGUGAGCUGGCGGAGUUCCUUGACCGCAAAGUCCCUGCAAACACCGUCCCAGUUGACGGUGUCUUCUCCUUUGAUCAUGUUGACAGAAGCACCGGCCUCCUCAACCGGGUUUACCAAAUGGCCCCUGCAAACAAUGCUCAAUGGGGCUUUGUGAAUCUUGAGAAACCCUUGAGCACCACUGAGAUUGUGCCUGUCAUAAUUUUCUUCCAUGGUGGGAGCUUCACUCACUCCUCGGCCAACAGUGCUAUCUACGACACCUUUUGCCGCCGCCUUGUUAACACCUGCAAGGCUGCUGUGGUGUCUGUGGACUACCGCCGCUCACCUGAACACCGGUAUCCUUGUGCUUAUGAUGACGGCUGGUCAGCUCUCAAGUGGGUUAAGUCGAGAACAUGGCUGCAGAGUGGGAAGGACUCUAAGGUCUAUGUGUACUUGGCUGGAGAUAGUUCUGGUGGCAACAUUGCACACCAUGUUGCUGUGAAGGCAGCUGAAGCUGAAGUAGAGGUUUUGGGGAACAUCCUUCUUCAUCCAAUGUUUGCUGGCCAAAUGAGGACUGCAUCUGAGGUUAAACUAGAUGGGAAGUACUUUGUAUCGAUUCAAGACCGUGAUUGGUACUGGCGAGCAUUUCUACCUGAAGGAGAAGAUAGAGACCACCCUGCGUGCAACAUAUUUGGCCCCAGAGGUAAGGGGAUUCAAGGGCUCAAGUUCCCCAAAAGUCUUGUUGUUGUGGCUGGUUUGGACCUUAUGCAAGAUUGGCAAUUGGCUUAUGUUGAAGGGCUGAGGAAUUCAGGGCAGGAUGUGAAGCUCCUUUUCCUUGAGGAGGCGACAAUUGGGUUCUACUUCCUGCCUAACAAUAAGCAUUUCUAUUGUCUAAUGGAGGAGAUGAGCAACUUCGUCAAACCCGACUGUUAAUAGCUUCUACUCUCCACCUUAACCUUACCAGCCAUACAUGGCUAAAGCUUGACUUUUUACCCUGGUGUUUCCCCAUCUUUUGCAGUGAUCAUCAUCAGUGUGUAGUUGUAAGAUUAUCCUAUCUAGUAUUACUACUUACCAUUUACUCUUUGGUAAUUUAAGAGUUCUGGGGAUGGUUCAUUGUCCGUGUCUCCAUGUCCUCGGAGUUGCAGUUGCGUAUAUGCAUCGCUUGAGACGACAAUCUUCGGCAGCAGCUCAGGAGCAUCAGAACUCGUUUAUGCUAUUUCCGGGGAAGAUCCACCAUUGAUAAAAGCUUAUCCUGGAGGGUAAUGCUUGGUGGUUUGUUGAUCAUCAAAUCUGUUUAGUAAAUGGAUUUUCUUGUACUAAUUUCGGAACUGGAAGAUCACAUCUUCUACUUGUUAUGAACAUAAGUGGUUAUACUACUCCGUGUACUGCUAGUAGUAGGGCUUAAGUUAAUCAAUAUAAAGUUUUUGUUUGCU